UGUCACUGAUAGAAUGUGAUCAUUUCGCGAAUCAGUGUACUUCUCGUUGCUUUUUUUAAUCAUAAGACAGCUUGUGCGGCAUCGACAGACGAUUGUUCGUAGAGAGACUAUCAAAGAAAAGUACAUUUUCGGUCUUAGUCUGCCUUCUAGGACAGCUACUCAAUGGUUUAUUAUUAAACCUUUUGUGGAUCAAACAACGUAGUUGGCUACAUUUCAACUGGGUGACAAUGCUAGAAUGUUUUGUAGCUAAAUGUUGUCUGUUUUGACGAACGUUUUGCUGUAAACUAGAACGUCGAGAGUUAUUUUCCUAAAAGACCCAAUUUCGUCGAUUGAAGAUCAUCAGGACAGGGCUACAGCCGAGCAAGGAGGACAAGAUAUCACCCUCAGCAUUUUGUUUCCAGUUGAUCUACAGCGACAUACAACAAUGUUAACCCAGAGAAAGAGAAAACGCACUGUGGAAGACUUCAACCAGUUUUGCACCUUUGUGUUGGCCUAUGCUGGAUACAUCCCUUAUCAAACAGAGGAGUGGUGGUGUAGUGAAAGCAAGCCCAGUGACAGCAACCCCUGCAGCACCAGCCACAGUACCAGUCCAUGGAGCUACCAGUCCUCUCCUAACUCAGACUGUGGCUCCUCCGCUCAGAGCCAGAAGGAGAAAGGGAAGGAGGUGAAGAGGAGGAGGUCAGACAAGAAACCAGCCGGGCCUGGCCAGGGGGAGAAGAAGCCUAGAGGAGGAAGUGCCAAAAAGUCUCCCAAUACGAAACAGACUGCCCCUAGAUCAACAGUCAGCAGAACGCCAGAGCUCCAUGAGCAGCACCAGCCCCAGUCUGGACGGACCAACCACAACAGCUGUCCGACUGACAACAAAACACAUACUCUGACAGUUCCCAAACGUGACCAUGACUGUAAACUUCCCCAAUCUUCCCUGACUCAACUCUUCCCUGAUGCCACCCCCAGCAGCUCUCUGUCUGUCCACAGGCACAAGACCAACACCGGUCAGACAGACACACCAGACCCCAACGGGUCAGCUGGGAAGACGAGUGACGCUACAACCCUUCAGAAGACAGGAAGUGACGAACUUGAACAGGAAGUGACAGAGCAGCCUGUUGACAUGACAACAACAAGCUAUGAGACGGAGAGGAGCAGUCCUCACAGGCCAGGAGACAGAGAAAAGAAGAGAAGAAAGGAAGAGGAGAAUGGGGCGAGGGAGAGCUGGGAGGGGUCUGGGAGUGAAGGAGGGAUAGACAGGGGUCAGAGGUCAGAUAUCCUGAGGAUGGUGAUGGACAGGAGGUUGAGAGAUCAGCUAGCUGAAGACCAGGAGACAGGCUACCACACAGAGGAGGGCAGCAGCCCCGACCAGGACCAGGACCAUGGAGGGAGCCACUACCAGACAGACCAGGGAGGGAGCGAUGGAGAGGACACAUCUGCAGACAACAGCAAGAUGGAGGAUGAGGACGACUCAUGGGACCUGAUCACCUGUUUCUGCCUGAAGCCGUUCGCGGGUCGGCCCAUGAUAGAGUGUAGUGAGUGUGGCACCUGGGUGCACCUGUCUUGCGCUAAGAUCCGCCGCACCCACGUUCCUGAAGUCUUCACCUGCCAGCCCUGCCGAGAUGCCAAGACCAACAUCAGACGCUCCAACCGGGCGCGGAUCGCCCCCCGCAAACGCUUCAGCGACUAGAGAGCAACAGCUGGUUCAUUGGCUGCGUCCCAACUGGCGGCAGGUAGCCUAGCGGCUAAGAGCAUUGGGCCAGUAACCAAAAGGUCACUGGUUCAAAUCCCCAAGGUGGA